GUCAUCGCCAUCAAGAGGAGGUUCUCGAGUUGAUUGAUAUAUAUAUAUACAAUUGAGAAAUGUGGAACCUGUAAAAUUAGAGAAUAAUAUCCUUUGGGUUCGAAACUUGCCCAAUCUUCGUUCGUCGUCUGCAUCAGGUGAGGAAAGUGAGAGAUAAUGGCGGGAGGAGGAAACUUUAUUGGGAGAGUGAUUUCAUACGUUGCGAACGAGCUCAUUGUUAAUGGUUUGUCUAACAGCCAUGCUUUCCAAAGAUUUGCUGUGAGGACCUCUAAAAGAAUUGAGAACAUCUCUAAAAUGGCUGCAGAGAGCAAGGAGAAAGUGGCUCAGCAUAUGGAGGAACUUUCCAAAAACUCUGAUACUUUCAAGAAGCCGUGAUAAUUCAGUCUUUCGAAGCGAGGGGUAUUACAUGGAUCAAGCUCAAAUAGUGAGGGGGUGGGGGGAAGGUCUAUUAUGUCUAUAUAUAUAAAAAAAAAAGAAUGCUUGAAUGUAAUAAGCUUGUGGGUUAAAACACGAUCUUUUGAGCUUUUUCUCUUCUUUUUCUUCAAAAAAACACAUUCGGCCGGAGUGGAGUUACUUUGCUUUGUGAAAAUAUGUGAAGUCUUUGCUUCUUAUUCUCUAUUCAUUCGAAGUGUCUCCGUUGCUUA